AUGGACAAUUUCUGUACUUGUGAAGGGUCCAGCGUGCCUCGCUGUCUCAUGUAUGAGAUUUACAUGGAGACCUGUGGGCAGAAUGCUCAAGACCAGGUCAAUCCAGCAACAUUUGGGAAGCUGGUGCACUUGGUUUUUCCUGAUCUUGGCACCCGGAGGCUGGGCACCAGGGGAAGUACCAGGUAUCAUUAUGAUGGACUCUACAUCAAGAAAAGUUCUUUCUUCUACACCCAGUACUGUUAUCUACUGGGUAAAAAAGGCUGUCACAGCAGAGACAUGGUUCCCUUUGAAAAUUUUUCUGAUUAUAACAGUAUUAUCCAACAAGAAGAAACAUGUGAAAAUCAUAUUCCAAUAAAGACAAGUCCAGUUGAGCCUCCUCAGCUGGAAUUCAGAAGAUGUCCGUUUUGGGAACAAGAACUGGCAAAGAAAUACUCCUAUACAGUGAUGCUCUUGCUUGCGGAUGAGUAUUGUAACUACUGUCAAGACAUCUUGCACAAUGUGAGGAAUCAAGAACUGGAGAGGGUGGAGAGCUUGCUUACAUCCUUCUGGAAAUCUCUGCGGCCAGACACAAUCAUGCUGAUGACACUGCCUGAUGUGCGCCAGCUCUUGAGAUGUUAUGAUGUGCAGUUGUACAAGGGAAUUGAAAACAUUCUCCUUCAUGACUUUCUGGAAGAUGUUUCUAUUCAGUACCUGAAAUCUGUGCGGUUAUUUAGUAAGAAAUUAAAGCUAUGGCUUCUCGAUGCGUUGCAAGGAUUUCCAGCCCUCUUACAGAUCUGCAAACUCAAAGAAGUCACUGUGUUUGUGAAAAGACUACGAAGAAAGACCUACCUGUCCAACAUGGCCAAGACCAUGAGUAUGGUGUUGAAAAAUAACAGAAGGAUCAGGAUCUUGAAGUCAGAUCUGUACACUGUCAUCAGUCAAGGUGCUUUGGAUAUUUCUAAGAAAGUCCUGGCAGAUGACCAGAAUGAUGUGGGAGACCUGGAGAGCUACACAGAGAUGAAAUGUUUGAACUGUUUAAUUUCUUUGCUGGGAACAUCGACAGACCUCAGUGUGUUCCUGAAUUGUGUGUCUUCAAGUCUCCAGACAUUUGUCUUCCAGCCAAGCAGAAGCAAAGAGGAGUUUAUCAAACUGGCUGCAAGCUUCCAGCUAAGAUGGAACUUCAUUCUCACUGCUGUGAGCAAAGCCAUGACCCUCUGUCACAGAGAUAGUUUUGGGUCCUGGCAUCUGUUUCACUUGCUGUUUUUGGAAUAUGUGAUUCACAUCAUCCAGUCCUGCAUGGAGGAGGAUGAAGAAGAGGAGGAAGAGGAGGAAUUGGGGAGUCUGAAGGACUUUCUGUCAGAUGACCCAUCUCUUGUCCAGCCAGACCAAACUUUUUUUCACCUUCUAGAUCCUCCACCAACUCAGGAGUAUACAAGCCUAAAUGUGGAGUCACCCAGAGUGACACUGAAAUGCAUGAGCCCUAGCCACAGUCCUGUGGGUAUGAGCAGCAUGGUUCUCCAAGUCCUGGGCUUCCUGGUGGACACUGCCACAGGAAAUAAGCUCAUCCAAGUAUUGUUGAGAGACAGCACCACUGAGACCAUAGCUAAGCUCAGCCUUCCAGUGGGGCAAGAAGCCCUCAUCACCUUAAGAGAUGGACAAAGAUUUGUGAUCCAUAUAUCUGAUGUUACUCCAAGCUCCGAAAAUACCUAUUUGCAAGGAAGUAAUGCCAAUAUGCAAGAUGGUUUAUUGGAAUAG